AUGCCGCGUGAAGAAGCCGGUAAUGCGUCAGUCGCAGCGGUUAGCGUCAAGGUGCCCCCGUUUUGGGUGGAAGAACCCGAGACGUGGUUUGCGCAGCUGGAGGGCCAGUUUCAUGUGGCCGGGAUAUCGGUGGAUGCCACAAAAUUUGCCUACGUCGUCGGCAACCUCGAGGGACGCUACGCGAGGGAAGUGGCCGAUGUAAUCAAGAACCCGCCAGCUGCGGACAGGUAUGAUACGCUUAAGCGUCAAUUAAUCGCCAGGUUGUCGCAGUCGGAAGACAAAAAGCUCCGGCAAUUACUGGAAAAGGAAAAAUUGGGUGAUCGCUCGCCCAGCCAAUUCUUGAGGCAUCUAAAAGGCCUGGGAGGAGAAGCGGUACCUGAAAAGCUUUUAAGAAGCAUUUGGUCUAGCAGGCUGCCACAAACGGUGCAAGCUAUCCUGGCUACCCAGGAGACCGCACCUUUGGAAGACGCCAUAGUUUUGGCAGACAAAGUGUACGAAUUAGCCCCACGUGCGCCGGGGACAAGAUGGCGGCGGUGGAAGGACCCUCUGCGACGUCCGCCCUAG